AUGGCCAGUAGGACACAGGAGAUGUCAUUUGAAGUCCUGAAGAAGUACCUUGACAGUGGUGGAGAUAUCCUUGUGAUGUUAGGAGAAGGUGGAGAAUCCAGAUUCGACACCAAUAUUAACUUCCUACUAGAAGAAUAUGGAAUCAUGGUUAAUAAUGAUGCUGUGGUUAGGAAUGUAUAUUACAAGUAUUUCCAUCCUAAAGAAGCCCUAGUUUCCAAUGGAGUCUUGAACAGGGAAAUUAGCCGGGCUGCAGGAAAGGCUGUGCCUGGAAUCAUUGAUGAGGAGAGCAGUGGAAACAAUGCCCAGGCUCUCACCUUUGUCUAUCCCUUUGGUGCCACACUGAGUGUCAUGAAACCAGCAGUGGCUGUUCUGUCCACAGGCUCUGUCUGCUUCCCACUUAACAGACCCAUUCUGGCUUUCUAUCACUCGAAGAACCAAGGUGGGAAGCUGGCAGUGCUUGGCUCAUGUCACAUGUUUAGUGACCAAUAUUUGGAUAAAGAAGAAAACAGUAAAAUCAUGGAUGUUGUUUUCCAGUGGCUCACAACAGGAGACAUUCAUCUAAACCAGAUUGAUGCUGAGGACCCAGAGAUUUCUGACUACACGAUGCUGCCUGACACAGCCACCCUGUCAGAGCGGCUUCGAGUGUGUCUCCAGGAGGGCGACGAGAACCCGCGGGACUUUACCACCCUCUUCGACCUGUCCAUUUACCAGUUGGAUACCACCUCCCUCCCCAAGGUCAUCAAGGCUCAUGAGCAGCUAAAUGUCAAACAUGAACCACUCCAGCUCAUCCAACCUCAGUUUGAGACACCGCUGCCUGCCCUUCAGCCUGCGGUUUUCCCUCCUAGUUUCAGGGAAUUACCACCUCCUCCUCUGGAGCUAUUUGACUUAGAUGAGACGUUUUCUUCUGAGAAGGCACGGCUUGCUCAGAUUACCAAUAAGUGUACUGAAGAAGACCUGGAAUUCUAUGUCAGGAAGUGUGGUGACAUUCUUGGAGUAACCAGUAAACUACCAAAGGACCAACAAGAUGCCAAACAUAUCCUUGAGCACAUCUUCUUCCAAGUGGUAGAGUUCAAGAAAUUGAACCAGGAACAUGACACUGAUACAAGUGAAACGGCAUUCCAGAACAAUUUCUGAGGACCGUGCCUCUUGAAGCAUUUUCUGCCUCCUGAUUCUCUCUCUGUAAACUAGUUUUGAAUCGUUCCUCAACUCCUUACCAAAAUUGUCUAUACACUCUUUCCUCUGUGAGCUGUGGAAGGUUUGUGCAUCUUCUGUACAGACUGUAUAGGUGUAAGAUUUCUAACUUACAAAAUCCUGUGUAAGAUAUGUUCCUUUUUUAAUUAAAUCUGUGAUUGAAUCUGUACUUUUAUAAUUUA